AUGGGUUACCGACGAAAGAUCGUUGUUGACGACAAAGCUAUUACCGAAGGCGCUGGCCUUACACUACGACAAUCCCUUAUUCCGUGCCUCUUAGUCACAAUUCUGUUCUUCCUCUGGGGUUUUGCGUACGGUCUCCUCGAUGUGCUCAACUCGCACUUCCAGUCCACUCUCCACAUCUCCCCCAGUGAAGCAUCUGGCUUAUCUGCUGCAUACUUCGGUGCAUACUUCCUUUGCCCUCUGACAGUCUCUGGAUGGAUCCUCCGGCGAUUUGGAUUUAGGGUGACAUUCAUGACUGGCCUUGCCAUCCUAGCAGUAGGCUGUCUCCUUUUCUGGCCCUCCGGCACCAAAUCCUCGUUCGGCGGUUUCUGUGGCAGCAUGUUCGUUGUCGGGGCUGGACUCUCCACUCUCGAAACCGGCGCUGACAACUUCCUCUCCAUCUGCGGUCCACCCCGCUACUCCGAAAUCCGCCUCAAUCUCGCCCAAGGCAUUCAAGGUGUCGGAUCCUUCGUUGCCCCGUUGCUGGCUUCCCGCGUCUUCUUCGCAAAGACUGUUGAUACUGCACAGGGGCUUAAGAACGUGCAAUGGGUGUACUUGGGUGUGGCAUGUUUUGUCGCAUUGUUGAUUAUCUUAUUUUUCUUCGCGCCGAUGCCAGAGGUUACGGAUGCGGAUAUGAAUUUGCAGGAAGUUGAGGUUGCGGGGGAGGAGGUUGGACCGUUCCGGAAACAGUACAACUUGUUCUUGGGCGUGUGGUCGCAGUUUUGCUAUGUUGGUGCGCAGGUAGCAGUUGCCAACUACUUCAUCAAUUUCUGCGAGGAGGCCGGAUAUGACAAGGCAUUCUCCUCCGACCUCCUAGCCGUUGGACAAGGUCUCUACGCCUUCAACCGUUUCCUCGCGGCCAUGCUGAUGACGCUCAAACCCUUCAAACCACGCUUCAUUCUUGGGGCGUAUCUGGGACUCUGCUUCGUUUUCGGGCUCGCUGCUACUUUGUCCCAUGGCCACACAAGCGUCGCACUGCUCAUUCUGGUUCUCUGCUUCGAAAGUGCCUGCUUCGCCACAAUUUUUACCCUUGCACUGCGUGGUCUCGGCCGGCACACAAAAAUUGGGGGCUCCAUGCUCGUAGCCGCAAUCUCUGGUGGCGCAGCCAUUCCCCCUAUGACCGGCGCCGUUGCCACGCGGACAGGCAACUUUCAUAUCGCGAUGGCGAUUCCAACAGCAUUCUACGUGCUCGCGUGGGUGUUCCCUGUGUACGCUAAUGUGUGGAAAGGGGCGGUGUUGGAUGGGCAUCGCGACACGGACUUGAAUGUUAGUGAGGGGAAUACGGUAAGGGCGGAGGAAAAGGGAGUGCAGGGAGAGAGAGUUGAGGUUAUUAGGGAGAAGUGA